AUGUCACUUUCCGAUUUCUAUGCCACCCAUGGUGACUACAAAACCAGACAGGUCCUCACCACCAGGGACUCCAAGAAGGAUGUUGUUGGUGCAGCUGCAGCAGCUACUACAACUGAUGUAAUAGACAGCCUUAGAGAAGCAGUACCCAUCUACAUCAAUGAUGAUUACGGAGAGGGAGUCAUACCUUAUUUAACUGAUGCUUUGCAAGCAGUUGAUGCUCGUGUCCCGUACCGGAGUGUCAUUUCUCCAUCAGCCACCGAUGAUCAAAUUGUUGAAGAGCUUUACAAGCUGAUGACAAUGCAAACUAGAGUUUUCAUUGUGCACAUGUUUCCAUCUCUUGGUGCUCGGCUUUUUGCCAAAGCAAAAGAGAUAGGAAUGAUGAGUGAAGGCUAUGUUUGGAUCAUGACUGAUGGUCUAACAGCUGACUUCUUGAGUUCGCCAAAUCGUUCUGUCACUGAUACAAUCCAAGGUGUAUUGGGUGUUAAACCUUUUGUACCAAGAACAAACGAUCUCAAAAUUUUUCGAGAUCGGUGGAAAAGGAAAUUCCAACAAGAUAAUCCAGAUAUUGUUGAUACUGAUUUGAACAUUUUUGGAUUAUGGGCCUAUGAUGCAGCAACAGCAUUGGCCUUGGCAGUUGAGAAAGCUGGAACUACAAAUUCUGGCUUCCAAAAGGAAAAUGUUUCUAGCAAUUCAUCAACAGAUCUUGCAACUCUUGGGGUGUCUUUAAAUGGUCCAAACCUUCUUCAAGCUUUAUCAAACACUGCUUUCAAAGGCCUUACCGGAGAUUACCUUUUUGUUAAUGGGCAGUUACAGGCAUCAGCUUUCCAGAUAAUAAAUGUGAACGGAAAUGGGGGAAGAGAGAUUGGAUUCUGGACACCAACCGAAGGAAUUGUCAAAACACUAAACACAACAAAAAAUAUGACUGCAUCCUCAACAUCGAAUUCCGGUCUUUCAGCUGUAAUAUGGCCGGGUGAUACAACUUCUGUUCCCAAGGGUUGGGAGAUUCCAACAAGUGGGAGGAAGUUGAGGAUAGUAGUGCCUGUCAAGGAUGGUUUCAGUGAGUUUGUCAAAGUGACAACAGAUCCUAUUUCUAACACUUCAAAAGCCACCGGAUACUGCAUAGAUGUUUUUGAUGCUGUAGUCAAAGCAUUGCCUUAUGCUUUGCCUUAUGAGUACAUCCCCUUUGCAAAGCCUGACGGCGAGCCUGCGGGAACUUACAAUGAUCUGAUAUAUCAAGUGUACUUGAAGAGUUUCGAGGGCCUGCCUCACAUCAAGCAGGCACUAGCUUCUGGUUUUCCUUCUCAACCACGGUUUUUGCACAGAAGUUACACUGCCAGUUUAACUAGCCUACUUACAGUCCAGCAGCUGCAGCCUGCAGUUAAUGAUGUCAAUUUUCUCAUUAAGAAGGGGGAGUUUGUAGGCUACCAGGAGGGUUCUUUUGUUCAGGGAAUCCUGCUAGGCUUAGGUUUCGACAAGUCCAAGCUCAUUGUGUAUAAUUCUAUAGAAGAAUGCGAUGACCUUCUAUCCAAAGGAAGUGGAAAUGGUGGCAUUGCUGCUGCUUUUGACGAAGUUCCAUUCAUGAAGCUCUUACUGUCAAAGUAUUGCUCUAAAUAUACCAUGAUUGAUCAUACAUUUAAAACCGACGGUUUUGGCUUUGUAAGUUCAUCAACCCUCUCCAUAUCUUUUCCUCUCUCUUGUAAGUUUCUUAAUCCUGAUACUUGCUUGCUGCUUUGUGUUGUGACUUUCCAGGCCUUCCAUAAAGGUUCUCCUCUAGUACCUGAUGUAUCAAGGGCAGUUCUAAACAUGACGGAGGGAGAUAAAAUGAACGAAAUUGAGGAUGCCUGUUUCGGAAAACAAAGCAAUUGUCCAGAUUCCAGCACCUCGGUUACAUCUAACAGCCUCAGUCUCAAGAGUUUCUGGGGCUUAUUUUUAAUUGCUGGAAUAGCAUCGCUGUUAGCUCUUAUUAUGUUCAUGGUCAUGUUUGUUUACCAGGAAAGGAAAGUGUUGAGUUCCUCUGCUUCCAAAGAUUCCGUAAUGAGUAAAGUCCGCAAUUUCUUCAGGAUCUUCAUUCAGAGGGACUUGAAUUCCCAUACUUUCAGAAAAAGUGAACUGAAUUGCAGAAGUGCCAUUAGUCAGCCUAGUAUGGCAAGCCCGUCAGCCUAUUCAGUUAGCACUUAUUUCCCUGGAGAUGGAGAUCAAUGCUCUGCCGAGUAUGGUGAUUCCAGCCUAGACAGGCAAGCAUCUCAUUUGGUAGUAAUGAAUAUUGAUCAGCUUACCAACCCAAAUCAAGAAAGGCUAGCAGGUUUAGAAAUGGACCAUGAAAAUGAUUGA